CUGGAGAUUAUGUUCAUGAUUUUCACAGGAUCUGGAAGAAAGGGGACAGUAUAUCAGCGUCCAGCGUGGCAGGUGACUGCAAAUGAGACCAGAGAUAGGAUGAGUGGACCGAGAAUCAGAUCCGGAGAAGUGUAAGUCAGAUGUACAGAGUUGCAGGCUCAGAGAUGCUAAAGCAGCCAUUUACACAGGUUUGCUGGAUGAUCGAGUGGCAGUCCUCUGUGCCACUGACAGUGUGCUUAUUGUGACAGUGUGAAUGUAUGUGGACCACUGGGGCGCAGUGUUUUCACUGUGUUUUCACAGCUUGUGUAUCUGACUGAGCGCAACAUGUAGGCUAGGUAGGCCCACAGCAAAGAGCCUGGCCACUGGACCCACGGACCCUGACGCCAAAAUCUGCCGAUUUACGGUCGCCUCGUUUUUUGGCAAAAUGCAAACCGCAUAACAUGUUAUUCAUUAAUUGAUUUAAGCUUAGGAAUCAUUUUUUCCAAUUCGGCAUACAUGUGACAUACCAACUUUAAAUGUUGUAUUUCAUUCUGCAGAGCUGCCACUCACCUCAGCGCAGGAAUAUUAGGAUGAAAGCUGGUGGAAAGGAUGGCAGACAAACAGGUUCAGAUUUUAUAUAUGUAUGUUUAAAACAAACAGCAGAUGUGUGGUGUUUAGCAUGUGGGUGAAGUGAUGUGUCUCUUAGAGUGUGUGAAAUGAAUUUGGUAAAAUUCUGUGAUCAACAGCUGGAUUUUGACAUGGAUGUUGAUGUUAGAUUGUCUCCACAGAGGGUAGAGCAGCCAACAGCAGCCAGCUGCAGGAAUUAGGGACUGCACUGUACCUGUCCUGAUGAUCAGGUCAUGUGAGGUGGAACCAUGGACGGCCAAAAUGCAAAAAGCUGCCCAACCCUGAGGGAUGAUGGAUUCAGAGGAAGUCACACAAAUAUAAACUUAGCUGAUUCUCUGCUAAUGGCUUCAACAGCUCUGACAUGGUACACUACUGUGGAUUACAAAGGUGGAGAGAAGCUGGUGCAACAGUCACAUUUGUAAAACUGAAUGAGGAAAUUAAAAGUGCACAUUGUUUGGAUCACGUUGCUGAAAAAGAGUAGGCGUGCUCGAUCUGUGCCUAUGACACAGGACUAAGUGAGUCAAAUGACAGCAAUGGAUGCAGUAACCAUGUAUGCAGCUAUGUAAGAAGACAACUCUGCAGUGCACAGGUUCAGACAAUCAACACACUGCUGUGAUUCAUGCCACAUAUGUGGGCUCUCAGGGGAACAAGGUGGUUACUCAGCAGAUGAUGUAUACCUGACGGUUCUCUCUGCAUUUGCUCUACUCCUGUAGCACGACAAGCAGCUUUCCAUUUUUUGACAGAGAAAGAGAAGGCAAGAAACAGACUCUGAGUGUUCACCAUGCCUCGGAACCGAGCCUUUUCUGAGCCGGAGUACUCGGCAGAGUAUUCCGCGGACUGCUCAGUGACAUUACCCUCCGACCCCGGGCAGGCGGUGGGACGCACGCACGAGGUCACAGUUCGGAGCUCAGGAUGCUGCCUCUGUCUACCGCGGUUCAUGCGCCUCACCUUUGCACCUGAGUCUCUGGAGAACCUCUAUCAGACCUACUUCAGACGACAGAGACAUGAAACCCUGUUGGUGCUAGUGGUGUUCGCCGCCCUCUUCGACAGCUACAUCAUUGUAAUGUGUGCGGUGGUCUACACCACUGACAAGCUGGCUUCUGUUCUGGUGGCAUCAGUGGGACUGGCAGCAGAUAUUAUCCUCUACCUGCUCUGCCGCUUUAGCCUGCUGCCAGACCGCAUCUCCAGACGGGUGGUGCCCUAUGCCCUGUGGGUGCUUAUAGCAGCUCAGAUAUUCUGCUACCUGGGUCUGAACUAUGCUCGCUUCCACCAGGCUAGUGACACUGUGGGCUGGCAGGCUUUCUUCAGCUUCUCCUUUUUCCUGACUCUGCCUUUGAGGCUGACACCCAUCGUGCUCAUCACUACUGUUUCUUGCGGGGUCCACACCCUGGUUCUGGGCGUCACCAUCGCCCAGCAGCAGCAGGAGAACAUUCAGGGGGCAGCACUCUGCAGACAGCUUCUGGCCAACAUUGUGAUCUAUGUUUGUGCCAUCACUGUGGGCGUCAUGUCGUACUACAUGGCCGACCGGAAGCAUCGAAAGGCCUUUCUGGAGGCGAGACAGUCACUGGAGGUCAAACUCAACCUGGAGGAGCAGAGCCAGCAACAGGAACGCCUGCUGCUCUCCAUCCUCCCAAAGCACAUAGCUGACGAGAUGCUUCAGGACAUGAAGAAGGAGCCCAGUCAGAAAGAGAUGCAACAGUUCAACACCAUGUACAUGUACAGACAUGAAAACGUCAGUAUUCUGUUUGCAGACAUUGUGGGCUUCACCCAGCUGUCGUCGUCCUGCAGUGCACAGGAGCUGGUCAAGCUGCUCAAUGAGCUCUUUGCUCGCUUUGACAAACUGGCUGCAAAAUAUCACCAACUGAGGAUCAAGAUCCUGGGAGACUGCUACUACUGUAUCUGUGGGCUGCCAGACUACAGGGAGGACCAUGCCGCCUGCUCCAUCAUGAUGGGUCUGGCCAUGGUGGAGGCCAUCUCGUAUGUCCGAGAGAAAACCCAAACAGAUGUUGACAUGCGGGUCGGAGUGCACAGCGGCACAGUGCUGGGAGGAGUGCUGGGUCAGAAACGCUGGCAGUACGAUGUCUGGUCCACAGACGUCACUGUGGCCAACAAAAUGGAGGCUGGAGGGAUACCAGGUCGCGUCCACAUCUCACAGAGCACCAUGGAGUGUCUUCAUGGGGAGUUUGAUGUGGAGCCAGGGAACGGAGGUGACCGCUGUGACUACCUGAGGGAGAGGGGCAUCGACACCUACCUAGUGGUUGUUCCUAAAGGACCUGUGGGAAAGAAUGGCAUCAAUGGUGUAAAACUCUCUGUAACCUCUUCCAAUGGAAACUCGCCGCUGUUAAUCAACACCACAGAGUGUAACGGCAGUGCCAACACAGCCUGCACCACACCAGAGGAACCAGAGGAACUGGAUACAAGGGUGGUGAAUCCAUCUUUCCCUAACCCUCGAAGGAGGCUGCGUCUGCGGGACCUGGCUGAGAGGGUGAUUGACGCUCAGGAGAAUGAACAGGAGCUCAACAAACUGCUCAAUGAGGCUCUGCUGGAGAGAGAGACGGUCCAGGCUUUGAAGGGGAAGCACACCAACAGGCUCUCCCUAAGGUUUGUGGACCCAGAGCUGGAGACUCGUUACUCUGUGGAGAAGGAGAAACAAAGCGGAGCUGCCUUCUGCUGCUCCUGUGUGGUUCUGCUCUUUACUGCAGCUAUGGAAGCGCUCAUAGACCCCUGGCUGAUUGCAAACUACAUCACCUUUGCAGUUGGUGAAGUCCUGCUGCUCAUCCUGACAAUCUGUUCUCUGGCUGCCAUCUUCCCCAGAGUCUUUCCCAAGAAGCUGGUGUCCUUCUCCACCUGGAUCGACCACACCCGUUGGGCUCGUAACACUUGGGCCAUGGCAGCCAUCUUUAUCCUUACCAUGGCGGACAUCAUGGAUAUGCUGAGUUGUCUGCCUCAAAUCCCAGAGUCAGGCCACACCACUGCAGCUCCCUCUUCUUCGUCCUCCUCCUCUUCCUCCACCACCACCACCACCACCUCCACCUCCACUUGGUCUGGCCCUGACGGUUGCCUGGGAAACCCUAAAUAUUACAGCUACAUUGCUGUGCUGGCACUGAUGGCUACCACCAUGCUGGUCCAGGUCAGUCACAUGGUCAAGCUCACACUGAUGCUGCUCAUCACAGUGGCCACCGGCAUCGUGAACAUCUACAGUUGGAGGGACAUCUUCGACCGCUAUGAUGUGGCCCGCUUCCAGGACUACAGGUCAUACCUGGUGCCCUCCAAGUUCACAGUGACAAUUAUGGUCUUCAUUAUGAUGGUCAGCUUCUAUUAUUUCUCCCGACAUGUGGAGAAACUGGCCCGCACCCUGUUUCUGUGGAAGAUUGAGGUCCAUGAGCAAAAGGAGAAAGUAUAUGAGAUGAGGCGCUGGAAUGAGGCACUGGUGACCAAUAUGCUGCCCGAACAUGUGGCUCGACACUUCCUGGGCUCCAAGAAAAGAGAUGAGGAGCUGUAUAGCCAGUCCUACGAUGAGAUCGGAGUCAUGUUUGCCUCAAUCCCCAACUUCUCUGACUUCUACACAGAAGAGAGCAUCAAUAAUGGAGGGAUCGAAUGCUUACGCUUCCUCAAUGAGAUCAUCUCAGACUUUGACAGUCUGCUGGAUGAAUCUCAGUUCCGCUGCAUCACAAAAAUCAAGACCAUCGGCAGCACCUACAUGGCAGCAUCAGGUGUCACCCCUGAUGUCAGUAACGGCUACAGCUGCAUGAAGAAGGAGGAGCAGUCUGACAGAGAGCGCUGGCAGCACCUGGCAGACCUGGCAGACUUUGCUCUGGCCAUGAAGGUCACACUCAUGAACAUCAACUACCAGUCAUUCAACAACUUCAUGCUACGCAUCGGUCUAAAUAAGGGCGGAGUGUUAGCAGGAGUGAUCGGUGCCCGCAAACCCCACUAUGAUAUCUGGGGCAACACUGUGAACGUGGCCAGUCGCAUGGAAUCCACAGGGGUGAUGGGAAACAUCCAGGUGGUGGAGGACUGCUACAACAUCCUCAAAGAAUACGGGUUCCGCUUUGUGAGGAGGGGGCCCAUCUUUGUAAAAGGAAAAGGGGAGCUGCUCACUUAUUUUCUGAAGGGAAGAGACAAACAAGGCUCAUUUAUCAACAGCUCCUCUGUCACUCUGCCACACCAGGUGGUGGACAGCUAAGGACCACACUCCUCAGAGGGGGGCAAAGGAGUUACCCUGGCCUGAAUGUAACAGGGUGUUUUACAAUUCAAAUUACAAUGUGAUUGACACACCUCACACACCUCACACACCUGUGGCAGCACACCACACACAUGUUCACCGUCAAUGGAAAGAUAUAUGAGCCAGUACAAUUUGUAUUUGAAUUUGUCAUGUUCAAGUUGAACCACGGAAUUCAGGAAUGAUAGUAAAAGACAGGAGUGCCAGACACAGACGCUACAGAAGAUUAAACAAAUAGAAGUAGAAAUAAUUAGACUGUAUAACAUAACUAGGUGGUAUAGGAUGGCCUCCUGUCAUCAUGUAGCCCAGGCUAGUGAUGGCCACAUGGUUUCUUUCAUGUGCAGCUGCUCAACAACUCAAACAUAAAAAUAAGCACACAAGUAAAUUCUUUGAAAGAAAUCCUGAAUUUUCCUCCAAAUGAGAACUUGUUUGUUGGCACAUUACUUAACAUUUCACUAACUGUAAUGAAAGCCUGUGAUAUGCUGCUAAUUAACAGACACACAGAUCAAACACAGACCGACUCAUUUAAGUGAUAGAGACACUGAAUGUGAUUAAGCAGUUUCAUUAGUAACUGGAGGAUGGAGUCAGGUGGAGGACUGUAGCAUGUUUUCAUAUUCUCCCAUGAUGUGAAUUGUGUCUCCUCUGAAUGGAAACAGUCUCCAGACGUGUUCAUGCUGCAGAUGUGUCACACACAGCUGUCUGCAGAGAAAUCCCUUCAUUACACACUUGUUUAACAUGUGUUUUGUGCUUUGAAUUCAACAUUUCAUCAUGAGGAUGACUAAUUCAAAGUGAUGUCAUUUAAAUACAAUGAUGGGCUUUAUUUCUUUCCAUAAAAGACACACACACACACACACACACACACACACAAACACACACACAAACAUGCACACAUGCACACACAUCUUCUCAGCACAUUAACACUACAUGACUUUUGGAUGCCCGGCCUAAAUUGGACAUUGUUACCCAUCUACAAAAUGCUUUCAGUGUAUGGAGGCCUGACAGGCUGAUCUGACAUCUCUGAUGAGGAAGAGGAUUUGGAAGUGGACCAAUGGGAGGCCAGAAUGUGAUGAUACAGAGUGAUCUGACACCUGCUGCUGCCUGUGUGUGGCUGUGGGUGUGCAGUGCUUAUGCUGUAUUUUUCCACAGUCACAGUAUUGGUUCUCCUUGGUUCUGACAUGGGACAGGUCAGGUCUGUCAGUACUGUGCUCUCCUCUUUGCUCCUGGACCUUGUAUGUCACUGGCUUCUAGAUGUUUGUGUGCCUCAGAGUUGUGUUGAACAUGAAGGACAACUGUCAGUUUUAGAAGAGGGACAGAUGACUCAUGGCAGAGAUAUUUCACACUGAUUGUGGACUGAUAGAAGUGCCUAUCACAGCUGCGAUCACCAUCUUUUAAUUUUAUUGAUCGAUUCCUUACAAGAUUUUCCCUACCAAAGUCCAUUCACGUAGCUGUGAAAGGAUCAUUCCUGUUGAUUACAACUUGGGUUUUAUUUUUGUAGUUCUGGUCAUGAACUCUAUUGGUUAUGAAAACACUACAGGUAAUAGCUGAGACCUGGAAAUACAGUGACCAAUAAAGAACACGUGCAGUCAGGUGGUCAGACAGGCUGUCGGUUGUAAACCUCCAUCACAGUUUAUAGACUCACCUCCUCCUUCUGUACUCUCUGUGCAGUGGGGAAUGAUUAGCAACAUGUCAGAUGCUCUCACUUUUAGUUUAACCUCUGACUAAAGUGUUUCAGUGACUUGAUAAAACUGAUCAAACUGACCCAUUAGACCUAUUUUAGUGAUGUCUUAGAGAAGCCACAAAGGAUGCUCACUGUAAUAAACUGAGAUUUUCAUUUAACUGCAUGAUGGUGAUGUGGAAAAGAAGGCUGUUGGGAAAACAAAAUAAUUUAAAGUCAAUUUAGAAAGUGAUUUAUUUCAUGAUGUAAAAGGGCGACAGUUCAAACACAGGACGUUGAACUCGCUGCAGCAUUUCCAUUUUUUGCUAGAUGUGAAUUGAUUCCAUCUCCACCUGGUAUUAACAUUUUAAAUAACUUCUUGCAAACAUUUGCUUAUCUGUAACUUGUUAUCAGGUACAGUGAGGUUUAGAUGACCUUCAAACUUCACUCAGAAUGGGGCCAAACUGUACACAUGUUGUGUACAGCUGGCUGAGAUCUGACCACAGCUUGAGCCAGAUUCUUUGUGUAUAUAUAUUUUAAUGAACAGGUGUUCAUGAUCCAGAUGAGUUAUCUAGAUCCAGAUCUCAUGUUAAUACCAGGUAGAAAUUAGGUCUCACUUUUCUAGUGAAUUCUGGUUUGAAGUUGGUUGUCUGUGUGUCUUUUCAGUCUUUGCUUGCUUGGUCUUGUAAAGGGACGCAUGAUCCCAUUACAUUACAUUAGCAUGGACAUGUACAACAGACAUAUACAGGGUUCUGCAUAUGCUAAUAUGUUUACACUUGCAGUUAGUGGAUGGUGAUGGUCUAUGAAGUCAAGAGACCUAAGAGACCUGGGCAGAUGAAAGAACUGACAUCACUUGAACUAAUGUGGCUGUGUGGACAUAUACAUAUAUAUAUAUGUAUAUAUAUAUGUAUGUGUAUGUAUUUGUGUGUGUGUGUGUGUGUGUGUGUGUGUGUGGUGUGUGUGUGUGUAUAUAUAUAUAUAUAUAUAUAUAUAUAU